AGCUGUUAGCUGUUAGGUUUCCAAUUGUAGCCAAUGGUUGCUUCGUCUUACUUUACCUAAAUAGAGGUUAAGUCUUAUUAAAAAUUGCAAGCAUUUACAAGUGUUUACAGUUGGAUAGCAUUUGGAACUAUUUUUAUAAUAUAUUCGUUAAACAACUAUGGCGUCAAACAAAGUUACUUUCAGAAUAACUCUUACGUCUGAUCCCAAGCUGCCAUACAAAGUACUUAGUGUACCAGAAGUAACUCCAUUUAGUGCUGUAGUACAAUUUGCUGCUGAGGAAUUUAGAGUGCCAGCAGCUACAUCAGCCAUAAUUACAGAUGAUGGUAUAGGAAUCAAUCCUCAACAAACUGCAGGCAAUGUAUUUCUCAAACAUGGCAUGGAACUCAGAUUGAUUCCCAGAGAUCGUGUUGGAUAUAGUAAAUAAUUCAUAUAUUAUAUAUUUAUUUUUAUUACAUUUUUUGCGCAUAUAGCGUCAAUAAUAAAAAAAGAAAAACAUAAGUUAAUGCUAAAUAUUAUAAAAUUGUAUAUAUCACAUGAUUAUAUGAAAAGUUACAUUUAUUCAUAAUAAAAACAUUCCAUGUAUGCUUUCUGAACUAAUUGAUGUAAAAAGUAGUACUGCUGUCUAAAAGUCUAUGAUUCUAAUAUAAAAAUUUUUAUUAUAAUUACAUAAAAAAUUAAUAAAAAUACUUUUUAUUUUAUACUUCUCUGAAAUGUAGCGUGAUUAGAUAGAGAAUACUGGAAAUGGAUAUUAGAAUUAAAAGUGAUUAGAGAUUUUUGAUAAAAAGAUUUUAUAGCUGAAAUACAUGAAUGGUAUAAGAUUGAUAUAAAGGUUAUUAUUAUAUAAAAUUAUUUAGCGAUCAUUUACAGAGCAGAAGAUCGAGUUGCGAAAAACUUUCAAAGUGUCUCGUACAGUUUUGUCGGAUCUUCAUCUCGUAAAUCUUGUGCUGUAAAAGAUUGUGCUCAACUAUUCGUACUCUGGUCAUGUAAACAGAUUUAAAAAACUGGUUACAAUGCAAAAUGGUUAAAAAUCUAAAUUGUAAUUGUGCGAAAUAUUUAAUACACGCGCGCAUAUAGUCGAAUAAAAAAGGUACAUAAAAAUAUUAA